AUGUCUUCAAACACCACGUACCUCAUCACAGGCGCAAAUCGAGGAAUUGGUUUUGGCAUUGUCUCAACAUUGCUUCAACGUGCCAAUACUACAGUGAUAGUGACUGUCCGCAGUGGGUCCACCGACGUUUCCUCUCUCAAAGCGCUUCCAAAAGCCGACGGCAGUAACUUAAUCAUUGCCAAUCUUGAGAUCUCUACCACCUCGGUAUCUGACAUUGGAAUUGCGCAUGAGGCAUUGGUUGAAAACCUGAAGACCCAGGGUAUUGAGAGAAUUGACGUUCUCAUUGCAAACGCUGGAAGUGGCACCUGCUUCAAGUCUACUGUUGAAACGCCACUUGGAGCUUUUGUGACGGACUUCUACUCCAACACACUUGGACCCAUUGCUCUCUAUCAACAUCUGCUUCCAUUCCUCAAGGCUUCUGAUAAUGCAAAGUUUGUGAUUAUUGGAAGUAUCUUGGGGAGCAUUGAGGCUAUGAUGACCGGAGCACCCACUGCAGCCUAUGGAGCUACCAAGGCCGCAGUACACUACGCUGCAAAAAAGAUACAUGGCGAGGAAGAGAAGAUUGUUGUCUUAACGGUUCAUCCUGGAUGGGUACAAACGAAGAAUGGGCAAAAUUUUGCGGAUAGUAUUGGUGUUCCUGCACCACCAAUGACGGUGGAACAAAGUUCUGGCGCUGUUGUGGCACUGAUUGAUUCAGCAACGAAGACUACAACUUCAGGAACCUUCGUAGGUUAUGAUGGGGCAAAGGUUCCUUGGUAG